CUAGACCUCCUGGAAGUCUGCAGCUUUCCUGUCUCGGAAGCCUAGUCUGUGGCUGCUGCGGCCAGACCUCGGCGGAGGGGGGCAGCUUGCGCUUGUUCCAAGGUUUGCUGUUCUCCACUUCUUCGGAGGUCCUGGAACCUUCUCCCCCUCCCCGCCCCGACAUCUGACCCGAGCCACUGCGUCUGGCGUUGCAUCCUGCCUUGUAGCUUGCAGCCGCAGGCGCAUUGCUGCAGUCAUCCUCCCGGGUUCCAGCGGUCGCUGCCAACCUGCGGCCUUGCGCAGUAACUGGACAACCGUACAGAGACAUUCCCCAACUCUCUAGAGAUGAAGAUCCUGGGUCUGAUUUUUGACUUUGCUAGUAACUAUAUGUGGUUGCUCCAGAUUCUUGCCCUCCUGUUCCUGGUCCGUUUAAUCUACUGGGCCAUUAACAGGAGGAAUCAUGAAAAAUUGGAAAUGAAAGAUGCAUGGUGGGGCCCAGGAAGCAAGCCCAGGACACCUGAGGAUGAAAGCAUCCGCCCUUUCAAGGUGGAAACCUCAGAAGAGGAGAUCAAGGACUUAUACCAGAGGAUUGAUUUGACUCGAUUCACACCAGCCCUGGAGGACAGCCGCUUCCAUUAUGGGUUCAACUCUAAUUACUUAAAGAAGGUGGUUUCUUACUGGCGGAAUGAAUUCGAUUGGAGGAAGCAGGUGGCGAUUCUCAACAAAUACCCUCAUUUCAAAACUAAGAUUGAAGGGCUUGAUGUCCAUUUCAUCCAUGUGAAGCCCCCCAAACCACCUUCAGGCCACAAAGUAAAACCAUUGUUAAUGGUUCAUGGUUGGCCUGGUUCCUUCUAUGAAUUUUAUAAGAUUAUACCCCUCUUAACCGACCCUGAGAGCCAUGGCCUGGAUUAUAACCAGGUCUUUGAAGUCAUCUGCCCUUCCAUUCCUGGCUAUGGUUUCUCUGAGGCAUCUCAUAAGCAAGGCUUCAAUACUGUGGCAACUGCUCAGAUCUUCUGCAAGCUGAUGAGCCGCCUGGGCUUCCAAGAAUUCUUCAUCCAGGGUGGUGACUGGGGAUCUCUGAUCUGCACCAACAUAGCUCAGAUGGCGCCCUUACAGGUGAAAGGUAUCCAUUUGAAUAUGUGCUUCCUUGACUCUGCUCCCUUCUCCAUCUCUGUGUCUCUUAUGUUGGGACGGUGGUUCCCAUGGCUUUUUGGCUUCCAAGAGAGGGAUUUGCAGCUUUUGUACCCAGCCAAGAAGAUCAUCCAUAAUCUGUUUAGAGAAUCUGGCUACAUGCACAUCCAGUCCACCAAGCCUGAUACUGUGGGCUGUGCAUUGAAUAACUGCCCUGUGGGAUUGGCUGCCUAUAUCCUGGAGAAGUUCUCUACAUGGACCAAUGACGAAUAUCGAUACCUGGAGGAUGGAGGUCUGGAGAAGAAAUAUACUUUGGAUGAUCUGUUGACCAAUAUCAUGAUCUACUGGGUGUCCGGCUGCAUCAUCCCCUCACAGCGAUACUACAAGGAGAAUUUAGGCCAAGGCAUAGGUGUACAGAAGCAUUCCAAGAUGCAGGCAUUUGUGCCUGCUGCCCUGGCUGCCUUUCCCUAUGAGCUGGUGCACUGCCCAGAAUCUUGGGCUCGGAAAAAAUUCCCGAACCUCUGCUCCUACACUCAUAUGGCCCGAGGGGGCCACUUUGCGGCCUUUGAGGAGCCUCUGCUGCUUGCCGAAGACAUCCAAAAGUUCAUGGGGAUAUUAAAGGGGAAGUGAGUUUUGGAACAAGAUACUUCCCUCCCCUCCCCAGCUGAGGCCAGUCUACCCACCCCUUCCCCCCAUCAUCUCCCAGGUGCCCCUUCAAUACCCCCUGCCCCAAACUAUAGCUUUGAUGUAAAUCCACAACCAGCCUCUUGGAGAUCAUGAUGGGAGGGGAGUAUACCAGCUUUUCCUGCCUUGAAUCCCAAGGUUGGGCCACUAGCCUGGGGAAAUUGACUUUCAUCCUUGUGGCAUGUGGUAUGCACCUAGCUACCCAGAAUUGGUUUCUAGAGUGGUGGGAAGGGUUUUAAUUUGGAGGUGGAACACUACUGGUUCCCUUGGCCCUUGCUACUGAAGUUUUUAUCUGUUGCUUCUUUACUUAUAUAGCUUAUCAUGGGACAGGGCUGCCAAAUGAGUGGUUUUGCUUCCCUUCCCUCUGUAGGCUGCACAUGGUGUAGCUCUACAUUGGCGGAAGGCAUUUGCUCAUCCUGGACGUUCCACCACGAAUGAAUCACAGGUCCAAGUCUCUAUCCCUUCUCUGUGGGCUGGGUGGGCCAAUGCCCAAAUUCCAUGUUCCCUAACAAGUCUCAACACUUUUCUUGGGUCCUGAGGUGGUAGAUUUAGGCUGGAUGGGCCUGUGGAAAGGAAAAUGGAUUUUGAUAAUAAAUUGUUUUGCUUCAUAA